CGAUCAUACCAUCAUCUCCUUCUCGGGGAGUUCCCACCAGGGCCAUAGCAUCCAUUCGCUAUGUUCCCUUCUCUCCCCUCCUCUCGCCCCCUCUUCCCGCUAUGCCUCCUGCUCUUCUUCUUCCUCCUCAACCACUCCCCUCCAGCCGCCGCCGACCUCCUCGCCCAAAAAUGCGGCAACACCGGCAACUACACCACCAACAGCACAUACGCUUCCAACCUCAACAUCCUCCUCACCUCCCUCGACUCCAACACUUCCCUCUCCGGUGGCUUCUCCAACUUCACCGUUGGCCAGAUCCCCAACCAAAUCUACGGCCUCGCUCUCUGCCGCGGCGACACCAACGCCUCCACCUGCCGCUCCUGCCUCGACAUCGCCACCCAGAACGCCCCCAAUCUCUGCCCUUACGCCAAAAGCGCCAUCUUCUGGUACGAUGACUGCCUCCUCCACUACUCCAAUCAGCGCUUCUUCUCAACCAUCGACACCUCGGACGAGAUCUGGAUGUAUAACACGAACAACAUAACCGACCCCAGCCAGUUCGACAAUCUCGUCGGCGUGCUCAUGAACAGGAUAGUCGACUGGGCUGCCUCCAACUCGACCAAGAUGUUUGCGACCGGGGAGAUGUUGAACUCCACCAACUCUCCUCUUCCGACGAUAUAUGGUCUGGCGCAGUGCACUCGGGACCUGUCGAGGAGCCAGUGUCAGCAGUGCCUCACCGGCAUGCUUGACCCGCUACCCGCCGCGUUUAAGGGGAAGCAGGGAGCGAGGGUGCUUGGAGGGAGCUGCAAUUAUAGGUACGAGAUAUACUCCUUCUAUGAAGGGACACCGACGCUAAGGCUUCAGUCGUCGCUAGAGGCAGCACCGGCACCGGCGCCUCCACUUAUUACUCCGCCCGGAACAGAACGAAAGAAGACAAAUGUCACAGGUCUGGUCCUAGCGAUUGCUAUACCUCUAGUAGCUGCAAUCUUUCUGAUCUCCAUAAUUUGCAUUUGCUUCUGGAGGAGGAGGAAGCCAGUUCUAAGAUUGCCCUUGGAUGGGACUCGCUCGGAGGAGAUUGCAAGUGUUGAGUCCCUGUUACUUGAUAUAUCUACACUACGAGCUGCGACAGCUAACUUCUCGGAAGUGAACAAACUUGGAGAAGGUGGCUUUGGGGCAGUUUACAAGGGACUGCUACCUGAUGGACAAGAAAUAGCAGUGAAGAGGUUAUCAACUAGUUCAUCACAAGGAUUUGGAGAGCUGAGAAAUGAGCUAGUCUUAGUUGCUAAGCUCCAGCAUAGGAAUCUUGUAAGGCUUCUGGGCGUUUGCAUGGAAGAACAAGAGAAGUUGCUUGUUUACGAAUAUCUGCCAAACAGAAGCCUGGAUACGAUUCUCUUCGAUCCUAUACAGCGUGAACAACUAGACUGGGGGAAAAGGUACAAGAUCAUUGGUGGGAUUGCUCGAGGCCUACUAUACCUACAUGAAGAAUCUCAGUUAAAAAUUAUACAUCGGGAUUUAAAAGCCAGCAAUGUCUUGCUAGAUGCAGAAUUGAACCCAAAGAUUUCAGACUUCGGUUUGGCUAGGCUUUUUGGUGGAGACCAAACUCAGGGCACCACGAGCCGAGUUGUUGGAACAUUUGGAUACAUGGCACCAGAGUAUGCCAUGCGUGGGCACUAUUCUAUCAAGUCAGACUUAUACAGUUUUGGCGUUCUCGUUUUAGAGAUCGUGUCUGGGAGAAAGAACAGUGGUUACUCGGAUUCUGAAUUUGCUCAAGACCUCCUGAGCUAUAUCUGGGAGCGGUGGACGGAAGGAACAAUUUUGGAGAUAUUGGACCCAUCUUUAGGCAACCAUUGCCCAAGAAGUGAAGCCUUAAGAUGCAUUCACAUUGGAUUAUUAUGUGUCCAGGAAAAUCCAUCUGAUAGACCCAACAUGUCACAAGUUGUUGUGAUGCUCAGCAGUAACUCUGUGUCUCUCCAAGCUCCUUCCAGACCGGCGUUUUGCAUUGGAAAGAGCAGCAUGGACUCAGAUGUUUAUUCAAAUGAAUUCAAUAUGUCUAGAGGUGCAAAUGACCGUUCUUCGAGCAAGUCAAUACCAAUGUCACCAAAUGAGGUGUCGAUUACAGAACUUGAACCAAGAUAGACAUAAGAAGAUAAGAAGAAUAAGGUGGCUAUCCUAGGACUUGGACCAGUAUCAUUGUGUACAUCAAUCCAAUGCUCUAACCAUUGGUGCUGGGGUUAAAUUUUUCACGCAAGAGAAGGUUUGAUCUUCUUUCAAGAUGUCAACCAUCCGAUUACCUAUUUGGCUUUGAGAGUUGUGGGAAGGAGAUAACAAAGACAGCAAGAGUGAACCUGAUGUGAUGGUUUCAUCAUCUUUAUUAUUAUUAUUAUUUUUUUGGCAUCCAAUCACAAUGGGCGAACACAGAUGGAGAGAUGAUCAAGAAGCUCUCCACCCUCACUGGUUUUUCUCCAUAUAUUAAAGCAGAUGAACAUGUGUUCGAGUAAAAAUGCACAUAUAUUAAAGCACGAGUAUGUUGGUGGCACAUGCAGGUUGUGCUGAUGAGAUUGUGCAGGUAUGCAUAAAUCACACUGUUUAAGGUAUGCAUAAAUCACACUGUUUAAGGAUUGUGGUUAUGAACAAGAUGUGACUGAUCCCAUUUGCAGUAUUGUUAUAGAUGGCUACUGGGGUGCAGCCAGAUGUAGAUACAUCAUUGCAAGCAUGUGUAGAAGUGAUCAUGCCCGUUCA